AAAUACCGUGCUAGCUGUUUGUUUCCAAGCAGCUUCGCUUCUCUGUCUAGGCCUGCCUGCUCAAGGAGAGGAGAAAAGCAUCCCUCGACGAUUCAUUCAUGCGCCCCCCGAUUAGGCUAAUGGCAUGUUAGUAGGUUAGUAGUAGUGUCACCCACCCCUGUCGCCCACCAAAAAUAGCUGUCUAUCCAUCCAUCCAUCCAUGCUGCUACUCGGCAGGCACACACGGCCGCCAUUACAGUCAUCUGUCGGUCGGUCAUCAGUCAGUCGGUGUAGGGCUCCUCCUGGAUGUGCAUCAGAUCUGCACACACACACACAGACAUUCAACCCAUGACAUCCAUCCCUUUACCCCCCUGCCACCCACGAUCCCAUCAGUAAGUACCUUCUGGCUUGAACAGUGACGCUACUGGUGGGAUGGUGGGCCCGUGCUGCUGCUGUUGCUGCUGGCCCCCACUCACACCACGGCUGGGCAUGUCAAUCAGCCCCUGCGGCAGGGCGCCCCCAGCCUCUCCGCUCAGAUGACUCAAGUCCGUCUGGCUCGCCGCAAGUGCGUACUCGUGGUCGGCCCGGUCUCUCCCUGGGUGCAUCGGUGGGGCAGGGGAGAAGUUGAAGCGGUUGGCGAGCGGUGUGGAGUGCUGGAGAUUGGCGAGGGCGUUGCUGCCCGUCACCUCCCCCGUCUCCGCGAUGGACAGCAGCUGGUGCGGACUGGGGUUGAAGAACGACGACGCAGUCGACCACUCGCCGCUCGUGAGCAUCUUGUUGUCUGCCGCCUCGAUUGCCUUUUCCGGCCCUUGUGGCUGUGCGUGUUGCUGUUGCCAGCCGUCAGCUGCUGCUGAUGGGUAGAGUGCGGGGGCCUUCGGUCUUGUGCUGUGCUGCAUGGGGGCGUCCUGCGCCAUCCCAUAGGGGGAGGAGAAGACGUGCUGAGGGACGUCACGGGGAUCUGGGGGGCCGUGCAUCUGCAUUUGCUGAUGCUGCUGCUGCUGGUGGGGCGGUGGCGCAUCGUGGGUUGAAGGCGCCCGAUAUGGAGAGGGGUAGAAUGUCAGGGGGCUCUGCUGCCGUUCUAGUGCUGCUGGUGGUCGCGGGCCGGAAGUCAGAUGGGGGCUGGAGAGCUCGUCUUGCGAAGCCGACUGCAUCAUGCCGUUGAGGGCCUGGGGGUACCGAUAGGGGUAUGCAGAGGACACGUACGCACCACCCGUUGCCGGCUGCGGCGAAGACUCCUGCGGCUUGUUCUGGUGCACUAUCGACAUGCCCCCAUAGCUGCCACCCACACCCACACCCACACCCUGCUGCUGAUACUGAUGCCGUGAGCCCGGCGAGGGCAAGAGGCCGCUACCGUCACUGUCGCCCUGGCCCCUCUCAGGCUCCCUUGACGUGGCAACAGGCAUCCCCCCGACCAUCAUUUUGUCCUCUAGUGGAGAGGCCGGCUGGCGCAUGAACGACGGCAGGUUAGGCGAGUCACGUGUGUACCCAUCCAGGCGAUCGCUGGUGGGGUUCGGCGAAGCCACUGCUGCUGGAGGGGGCGGGGGCGGCUGCUGCAGAUCCUGCUGUUGCUGCUGCGUCCAAUGAGGACUCGACGUGUGAGGCUGCCCCUGAUGCGGUUGCUGCUGCUGCUGCUGCUGGUGGUGGUUCCAGUGCGGGCUCGCUGUCUGAUGCUGCUGAAGCUGUGGCGGCUCGUAUAGAUCCACACUGAGGGAAUACUGCGGAGUGCUUGCCACGACACCAGCAGCGGACGGCUCAUUGCUCCUCGCAGGCGUGCUCUUGACUUCCUCAACAAGGUCAGCCGGGCGAUCGUGCCGCCUGGUGGGAGCCGCUGAGGGCGACGGCGAGACGCCCCCCUUCCAGGGCUCGUAGAAGGGCCCGAAGCUGAAUAGACUGUGAGUGCUGCCGGUGCCAGCCCCGUCCCUCCUCUCGGUGCUGGUGUUGGUGGUGCCGCCAGCGCCCCACAUGAGCGUCGCACCGGGGUAGUCAGGGAAAGACCCGUUCUGCUGUCUCCCCUCGGCCGUCGACUCCAUCGCCUUGCCAGAGUCGCCCUGACCCCUGUUCGCAUGCCCACUCGAUGACCCGUUGGCAGUGUUGCCGCUGCUGUUAGGGAAGCUGGGGAUGGCAAGGAGUCCGGAUGACGACGACGGAGGGGCCUCGGCGGUGUUGCGGUAGGCCUCGUUGCCGUUGUGACUGGGCUGGCUAGGCGGCGGUGCCUGCGAUGGAUGCUGGCCGAAGAGGCUGCUCGACGGCGUGCUCAGCCGCUGGUCGGCGGCGGGUGACGCGCCGAGUAUCCCCGGCCCCGCCGCAGCGUCACCAAACACGGGCAGUUUGGCCACAUCAUGCCUCCUCCCCAGCAGUGGGUUCCACCCGCUGUCCACCUCACGCCUGUCGUCCUCGCCCGCCGCACGGCCACGUUUGGGCGUCUUCCAUAUGUCGGCCUGCUGCUGAUGCUGGCCGGCCUUGCGCGCGACGCCGCCAGUGGACCGAGGGGACGGCAAAGGGAGCAGGGCGCUCGAGUCGGCAGAGUUGGUCCGCGUGGUGGCGGUCAGGUCGCCCGCAGCGGGUGGAGGGGGAGGGGGCUGUUGUGACGACCUCAGCUGCUGCUGCUGCUGCUGGUGGGGGUGAGGGGGGAGGGGCUUGCUCGAUGCUGCCUGGCUGCUGCGAGGCGGGCCGCUCAGAAGGCCAUCGCCGGUGCCGCUUCCCAGUCCACUGCUGGACGGCCCGAUCGCCGGUGACGGCGACGCGACACCGCCCCACCUCUCGCCCUGCCCCUGGUCUUGCCAGAUAGUGCCUCCAGGCCUCCAUGCCGACCACAAAGACUGCCCAGUGCCCUGACGAGCGAAGGUGUUCUCGCCAGGGAGGGGCAGUGGGUUGGCUGCUCGCGACACCGUCUGGACAUUGGGGCGGUAGUCGUGUCCUCCAUGGCCAUGGAACGGGGGAGGGCGGCCCGACGAUGCCGAGGUGCCGUUGGGCGUCGUGCCCAGCACCCCCGCAGACGAGGGGGGCUGUUGCGGCUGUGGCUGGAGGGGCGACGCGAACGGCUGUUGUUGUUGAUGGGUGGCCAUGGGUGGCGCAGCGCCGUGGGUCAUAUGUGUGUGUCCGGGCGCUGCCUGGCCCGAUGAGGGGUAUGUGUGCCGGCCCUUCGGAGGGACUGCCCGCGACCCGGCGGUGGCAAUGUUGACAGCAUUAUGCUGGAACGGCAGGGGGGCCCUUGGCGACUGCGCCAGCACAUCCGGGAGAUGCAAGAUGGACGACGCACUGCUGUUGGUGAAGGGUACGUCACUGAGGGUCUCCUCGUCCCUGAGGCGCCCCUGUGACGACCCAAUGGGUGUGGCCCCUCCCGAGCUGACUCCCUCGACGCUGCCCUCCGUCCCGUCGCGCCUCUUGCGCCUGGCCGACACGAUGAGCGUCUCGAGCGGCACGCCAUCCCUCUUGGCCUUCUUCUCCAGCUCAGUGUGCCGGUAGCUGCGGGGAGUGGCGGAAGAGAAUAAUGGUGGGCUGGUCAUUGAGGCGUCUGUCUGUUGUGGGCAGCUCACUUUCGUUUGCGUAUUUCGUGGAUGCCGUGUGCGUGGCGACACUCCAGCCCGCCCGGGCAGUGACCUAAACCAACAGUCAGACACGCAUGAGCAACAUCCGAGACGUGUUGCCUUGCUGUCGCCUCACCGCGCAUCCAGAAUCGACAGAGAGAUGUCUUGUAGUAGUCGGACGUGAAACGCAGCUCGCCGGCACUGACACGACACCAUGACAGAGAGGGAGAGAGGGAGAGAGAUUGACCGACAAGCAUGACGUCGAUACGUGGGGCGGCUGCUGUCGGCGUGCUUUGUCUGCGUGUGCUUACUGGUGGGCGAACUUGCAGUUGGGGCCGUCCCUGCAAUGACCAGUCUGAUGAUGAGAAACACACAGAAGAGUGAGCAGGUGGGCAUGACAAAAUGACUGUCUUUCCCUCCCUUAUCAGUCUUGUUUGUGUUGCCGCUGACCUCCUGCAUCUGGUGGCACAUUUUGGUCUUGUAGAGAGGGAUGAGCGGCUGAAGCUCUUCCGCCUGCACGCCACAGUACAUGUACAGCACACAGCACAGCCACAGCCACAGCCACAGAAGGAAGCAUCACAUCACACGUAACGUACGCCAGACCAAUGCAAUACGUGUGUGUGAUGUGCAGUGCAUGCCGGCCUACCGAGUGGGCAUAUGUGCAGAGUUCUCCCCGAGUGCACUUGCCCUUGGCCUGAUACGGACAUAACUUGAUCCUGCACACACGAACAGUCACACGCCACAGCGUCAUAAUGUCAUCAGACUCACUUUCUCAAAGUGACUGAGCUCUUUUCGCCGUGCUGGUGCGGGCAUACUUAAAGAACUGGUCCCUGAAGAGGGACACCUGGCCGUCGUCACGCAACGUCAUGCCGGCGCCGCGCUCUCAGCCACAGGCAGGCACCACAGUUUCAGGCUUCAUUUCACUUCAAAUCGACACAAGAAACGCUGUCAUGCCCUCUCGGCUUCCUCAUGCCUUUUAAA